CACUCUUGAAUCCAGUCCUCCAGCAGCGCUGCGACAUCCCGACCAGUGAGACUUGAGCAGUGACCGACGACAGCCUCCAGCGUGAGAGACGAGACGAGACGAGACGGCAGUGAGCAGUCCUCCACCGGCAUCGACAUCGACGGUAUACGCUCAGUCCUCCUCCUCCCGCCUCCGGCAGGCGGCAGUGCUCUCGACGACUCAACGGACGACGGUAAUCGGUGCUAGCCACAAGAAGCUGUGGACUUUUGGCUGGAUUUGCUUGAACCACACCUUUUUGACACUAAAUUGAGGUUGACAUAUUUUCUGCUCUCUACAUCAUGGUGUCGGAUUUAAGAUAAUGGUGAUUCCUCCACCAGUCAAGGCUCAAAGGAUUACAAACUAUCUGAAACCUUAUCUGUUGAAGAUGCAUUUCUCAAACAAGUAUGUAAGUGCCCAAGUGAUCCAUGCGCCAACUGCAACUGUUGCCUCUGCUGCAAGCUCACAGGAGAAGGCUCUUCGGGAAGCCUGGAACAAAGCUCAACAAAGCACUAGAGAUGUUGCUGCUGCUGCUAAGAUAGGGAAGCUUUUAGGUGAGAGAUUGCUACUCAAAGACAUCCCAGCCGUUUCCGUUGUCUACAAAAGAGAGCAAAGAUAUCAUGGCAAGGUGAGAGCAGUCCUCGAUUCUUUAAGGGAAGCAGGUGUGAAGUUGCUUUAAGUUUCAUUCGCUCGUAUAACUCUUUUCUUAUAAUAAAAUACGUACAUUGGAUAAUCGGGAACUUUCAAUAUGCAUCCAUGGUUUCCUAGGUCAACUUACGACAACUAUAAUCGCAUCAAUUUCAUUUUAAGACAUCUAUUUUUGAGUGAGUGGGAUAUACUGCUGCA